AUGCUGUACCAAGUGGCGAGUAACAUAAACUUGAGUGGUAGAAUACAAGAGAACAAAAUUUUUAAAGAUUUACACAGAAAUAAAAGAAGAAAAGAAGAAGAUUUUGAUGAGAAUCAGCAGCUAAAGAAUCAUAAAAAUUUAAAGAUUAUUAAAGAUUUCGAAAUUCACUCAGAGCUUUGGUUGCUUGAGGCCAACAAAUUUCGCAAACCAAAACAAACAUCUACCAAGAGAUUUUAA